CGACGUAGAAAAUUCACGGUAUCCAAAAUCCCUCCUAUUAACGAACGCCCAACGGCCAGCAACAUUUCAUUUGAGAAGGGAGGCGUGUAUAACGUAUCCAAGCCAUGCAACCAUCAGCUGCGGCUGUCAUCUGUUUCUCGUGGCGUGAGAUCGGAGCCACAGGCGGAAGUGUCAUCAAAAAUGGACACAGUCCCCUUAUUAACUCCAACUAUGGAGACAGAGUUAUUAAAAGAGCCAUGGACAUUUCCACAGCCCAAGAUGAGCCCAAUAAAAGAGGAGGGGAAAGUAACGUCCUCCAUCUGGGAGGAAAACUUUCAGGAUUUAAGCGGCUGGUGCAUGGAGACGUUCCAGGGUCAUUGCGAUUUUCCUACAGGUGAAUCACCUGCUUUUAAACUAUCAGGUACGAAAUACGAGGGUAACAGUGCUUUGUCGUCAGAAGUGGGGAUAUUGAAAGAUUUGAUGAGUGUAGACGAGGAGAGAUGGAACGUCAAAAUGAGUAAUAGUGCUGAGACUACCGAAUAUUUCACCAGCAACUCUCACAGCUUACAAUCCACACCAAAAGCCACUAGCAAAUCCGCGAAAGAGGAUAGCACCGCCGAUAUAGCUGCAACCAGCUGGUUGAAGCUGUCCGAGGGAACGGCGUCCAGCACGAGCACAAGCCCGUGGAACAAACAGAACAAUACUACGACCGUUAGUACACCAUCAUUCCAACCCAGAUACCAAGUAGAAGAGAUCGAUCUGGAUGAUGCUUGCCCGACCUCGAUCGACUCGGCCGAGAACCAACGGGAAACCUGGGACGUUCUGAGAACCGUCGAGACCACUGGUUCGGACACAUUCGACUUGUUAACAUAUCUCUGUGAUGUGAGUCGACCAGACGUAAUCGAGCUAUCAUGCCUUUCGAACACAGACCAGGACGAAAUGCGUUCGCCAGAGGGUAGCGUGUCCAGGGAUUCGUCGGUGGUAUCGAAACCAUGGUCGAUCGCGGACUCGUCGCAGAGUAUAUCGCAAUCUUAUGGGAAAUCGGAGGCGGAGAAUCGAACGAAACCGGUGGCCGAGGAGAACAGCAGAAGUCGGGCAGCAUCAACCGCGACCUCGUCAUCUUCGGAAACGCCAGUCGUCGUAUCUUCGCGAAAGUCGGAGAGACUGAGGUCAUCGUUGGAGAAGACGUACCACAAAGUAGAGAAGAGUUACAAUAGGAUAGCGAGGCGGGAGAAAACGGUUAAGAGGCGGCGAACCGAUUCGAAUUCGGAGGAUCGGACGGUUUUGCAUUAUCGCGAGUCCAGGGAGAAGAACAACGAGGCGUCGCGGAAGUCGCGGAUGAACAAGAAGGCGAAGGAGUCGGAGAUGGCGACGAAAGCGAUCGAUCUGGAGCGGGACAACAGGAUACUGAAGAUGAAAGUCGAGGAGCUCGAGAAACUGGUCACGUCGAUGCGCAGUGCGUUGCUAAGAUCUGCUAUGAAGAAGGAAUUCUGAACAGAUAUUAUUCCUUCCGUUUACUUUCGAUUGAAUGUCUUCGAUUUAUUUCUUUUUAAUCAAUCACGCUGGUCGUUCGUUCGUUCGUGCAACGAGUACGUUGUACUUUGUUAUCAUUAUUUUCUUCUUCUGUCAUGUGUUUUCUGCUUUCACGUUAAGGAAACGAGAGAGGAGGCGGCGGUGCGGCGGUCUUCGCGAUGAUUCCUCGACGAUCGAAUGUCGGGAUCGUUUACUUAAUCGUUUAUGCUUGAUUAAUCGCUCGUAUCAUUUUUCGUCUAUUUUUCUUUAACUGCGCGUAAAACGUUGUUCGCAAGGGGAAUGGAAAACUAUUUUUGUAUCGCACGUGUAUUAUUCGCCAAAAACGUUUAAGUUUUUUCAGGCACGACGAAUUUGUAUCGUUGUUUUUGUAACGCUACGAAACAAGACGGAGUAUUUUUAUUUUUAUUGUACGCUUGUAAACUGGAGAACACUAUGUUAUGCUAUACAAAGGCAAACAAAACAAAAAAAAGACAACAAACCAAUAAGAGAAUUGAUGAAGGGGUAAUGUUAAAGUUAUAUCAUUCAGAGGUCUAUCGAAAGAGAACAAAGAUUACAUAAUCAUAUAUUGUUUGGCCUUGUAUUGUACCUGAUAUAAGAAAAAAAAAAUGAAAGAACUUAGAGGUUGAUACAAGAUAAACUACGAUUGGUUGAAAGAAAUAUUUUUUACUGGCGUGGUGGGCACAAAAGAAAUGGCAUGAUGUACAAUAAUAUCCAAAUAAAGAAUUUGCUUCGAAAUUUACCUUACACUAGAGAAAAUUAUUUUUGUAGUGCACUUCGUGGUAUCAGCCUAACCUUAUAAACCACCAAACGAUAUAUAUAUAUGCAUAUAUAUAUCUAUAUAUUACAUAAAUAUAUAUAUAUACACUGUACUCUUCAAACAGACGCAUUUAUCUAAAUUUAAUGAUUCUCGUCCAAGCACUUUUGUUUUUAAAACUAUUUUCAGUUCUGGCACAAUCUUUGGAUAUACAUGUCGAUCGAACAUUAAUAACGGGACACUGCACAGCAAUUAUAGAUUCAGAGGAUGACAUAGUCAAUUUUGUCGAUUCAGUUUAUAUCUCGAACACAAAGGAAAAUAUAAAUAAAUAGUGGGAAAACUUAAACUUCUAUCAUCGUCAUCGCGAACAUAGUGAGAACGAAACACAGUGUUGCUUUUGCUUUCGAACAAUUACAGACUUCAAGCUGCUGGUAAGUUCCUUGAUAAUUAGAUAUCAGUCUGGGCUAACCGUCAAACCAAUGGUUGUCCGUAUCUUAUGUAAAAGUUGAAUGCUAUCUAUUUAGCGUGAUGCGUACAAAAAGAUGUCACGUUUUAUUUCAUUACGUACGUAUAUAUUUUUAUACUUUAUUUGCUUAUUGCACGUAACCCGUGCAACGUAUGCCUUUUGUGUGUAUUAAAAUAUUGGUAGUCCAUCGAACAUGUAUCACAGAUUCUAUCGAUGUAAUCAAAUGAAUAAUAAAUGUAAUUAUAUCCUUUAGAAA